GAGAAGGAGGCAGCGCCUUCUCCCCUCUCGGCUCUUGUGUGGGUACAGGUGACAGCUGAGCUGAAGAAAUGAUUCCCAGAGGGAUAAGACUGUGGCUGCCUUCAGCUCUGCUACUCUCUCAGAUCCCAGGCUGUGUUCCUGUGCAUGGUCCCAGCACUGUCACAGGCACUGUGGGGGAAUCGCUGAGUGUGUCCUGUCAGUAUGAGGAGAAAUUCAAGACUAUGGACAAAUACUGGUGCAGAGAGUCACUUAAGAUCCUGUGUAAAGAUAGUGUCAUGACCAGCGGCUCAGAAGAAGCUAGGAAUGGCCGAGUGACCAUCAGGGACCAUCCAGACAACCUCACCUUCACAGUGACCCUGGAGAAACUCACCCUGGAGGAUGCAGGCACCUACAUGUGUGGAGUGGGUAGACCAUUUAUCAACGGCCCCUUCAGGAUUGCAGACGACUUAUGGCUUACUAAGACCUUCAGGGUUGAGUUGUCCACAGUCCCGGUCAAAGGUUCGAGCCCUGGGAAUGGUAUCAACAUCCCGGAGUCCCCCACAUCCUCACUGGUGCACACGCAGCCCAACGUGACCACAGACAACACAAUUCCUGCUCCCAGCCCUCAGCCUCGGCCUCUUCUGAGCAGCCCCCACUUCUGGGUCCUGGUGUCUCUGGAGUUGCCCCUGUUCCUGACCAUGCUUGGUGCCGUCCUCUGGGUGAACAGGCCUCAGAGAUGCUAUGGGGGAAGCAGCCCUCGGCCCUGUUAUGAGAACCAGUGAAGUCUGUUGACAUUAAGGCCCUGUCCCUGGACACAGCUCCUCUAGUGGCUGAGGAGAGCCAGUAAAUAUGUAUUUUUGAGAAUA